AUGGGGUGCAACGUGUUUGGGAAGCCCAUCACCGACAAAACCUUGAGAGGAAUGGAGGAGUACGAGAAUUACACGGUAACACACUGGGACAGAGCUCGAGUGGCUUUAGAGGAGAAGAACGAAGGAGACAAGGACACCAAGGCUCGCCAGUAUGUGGAGAAGCUCAGACAGGAAUGGGGCAACAGAGCUUGCACGCUCUGCCUGAUCUACAAUGCCACUGGCGGCAAUGUGGUGCUGGUAACCACACAUGAUAUUUACGGCCGCAUCGGCCAUGCCCCGUACCCGAUCAUGAUCGAGAAUGGCCAGUGGGGGGCGUUUCUGCACGGCAGAACUCCCCAGGAGUACCCCGGCUCAUCGGCCGCUGUCGUGUAUCGGGGCAAGAACAAAGAGGAGUUGCCGUGUGACUGGAUGCUGGCUUGGUCCAACCCCUGGGACCGAAUCGAGUGGAAAAACAAGGUAGCCCUAAUAACUUACAUUUUAAGUAGUCAUUUGUCAUACGAUUUAUGA